AUGUCAUCGUCACGAAGCAGUGGUGCAGAUUUGGAAUGCUGCUUACAUGGACGUGGGUGUCGCGCUGGAACUAAGCAAGUCAACGUGGAAGAAGAAAAGCAGAAUGAAGGUGAAGAUGAAGAGGAAUAUGCGAAAUCGGAGGGAAAAAAGUCAUCACGAAAAGAUCAAGCUUUGGAAAGGCUCGCUAGACAGUUGCGAUACGUGGAAGAAUUCAAGGAACGACGAGAAAAAAGGCGCGAAGAACGAGCGCGGAGACGGGAGGAAAGGCGGAUGAGCAAGCAGAAACAUGAUUUAAUAUUACCAUUGGUAAAGUUGGCUUACUUUGUUGAAGACUUCGUUUCUGAAGAUCGUGGGGCUAACAUUAGUUUUAGCUUCAAACGUCCUCUACUAAAAGAAAGUAAAGCCGUGAACUCUUUGAAAAAUGUCAAUUGA